GGGACAGCGGACGCCCAGCCCCAGCAGUGCAGCCCCAGCGGCUGAUUGAGCCCUGCCCGGGUCCUGGGGCGCCGAGGACAGGAGCAGGGAAGAGCCAUGUCCCCAGGCAGCCUCUGCCUCUGGGUCCUGCUGGUCCUGGGCUCCAGCUGGGCAGGCUGGGGGGCCCCGGGGGCCGAGGCUGCGCGGCUGAGGCAGUUCUAUGUGGCUGCGCAGGGCAUCAGCUGGAACUACCGCCCGGAGCCCACGAACCCCAGUUUGGAUCCUUCUGCAAAAGCUUUUAAGAAAAUUGUGUACAGAGAGUAUGAAGCAUGUUUUCAGAAAGAAAAACCACGAUCUAAAACUUCAGGACUUCUUGGGCCUACGUUAUAUGCUGAAGUUGGAGACAUCAUGAAAGUUCACUUUAAAAAUAAGGCGGACAAGCCCUUAAGCAUCCAUCCUCAGGGGAUUAAGUACAGUAAAGCCGCAGAAGGUGCCUCCUACCCUGACCACACGUUCCCUGCAGAGAAGCUGGACGAUGCCAUAGCUCCCGGCCACGAAUAUACCUACCAGUGGCCCAUCAGUGAGGACAGUGGGCCCACACCCGACGACCCGCCAUGCCUCACGUACAUCUACUACUCCUAUGAAAAUCUGAUACAGGACUUCAACUCGGGGCUGAUUGGACCUCUGCUUAUUUGUAAGAAAGGUACCCUCACUGAGGAUGGGAGUCAGAAGAUGUUUGACAAGCAGCAGGUGCUCAUGUUCGCUGUGUUUGAUGAAAGCAAGAGCUGGAGCCCAUCAUCAUCCGUCAUGUACACAGUCAACGGCUAUGUGAACGGGACGAUGCCAGAUAUAGCUGUCUGCGCCCACGACCACGUCAGCUGGCAUCUGAUCGGCAUGAGCUCUGGGCCAGAACUGUUCUCCAUUCACUUCAAUGGCCAGGUCCUGGAGCAGAACCAGCACAAGGUCUCAGCCGUGACCCUCGUCAGUGCCACGUCCACGACUGCAAACAUGACGAUGGGCCCCAAGGGGACGUGGGUCAUCUCCUCUCUCACCACCAAACACUUCCAAGCUGGGAUGCAGGCUCACAUCAACAUUGAAAACUGCGCAAAGAGGACGCGGAGUUACAAGCCACUGACGCUGGAGCAGCGGCGGCACAUGAAGAGGUGGGAAUACUUCAUCGCUGCCGAGGAAGUCAUCUGGGACUACGCACCUUUCAUUCCGCUGAACAUGAACAAAAAAUACAGAUCUAUGCACUUGGAUAAUUUCUCCAACCAAAUUGGAAAACAUUAUAAGAAAGUUGUAUACAAGCAGUACCAAGAUGAGACCUUCACCAAACGCCUGGAGGAGUCCAGAAACAACGAAGAUGGGAUCUUGGGCCCUAUUAUCAGAGCCCAGGUCAGAGACACGCUCAAAAUCACAUUCAAAAAUAUGGCCAGCCGCCCCUACAGCAUUUACCCUCAUGGCGUGACCUUCUCUCCUUUUGAAGACGAAGCCAACUCUUCCUUCUCCUCAGGCAGUAACACCAUGAUCAGAGCAGUUCAACCAGGGGAAACCUACACUUACAAAUGGAAUAUUCUGGAGUCUGACGAGCCCACAGACAAUGACGCCCAGUGCUUAACAAGACCGUACUACAGUAAUGUGGACGUCACAAGGGACAUUGCCUCGGGGCUCAUAGGGCUACUUUUGAUUUGUAAGAGCAGAUCCCUGGACACACGAGGCAUACAGAGAGCGGCAGACAUCGAGCAGCAGGCCGUGUUCGCUGUGUUCGAUGAGAACAAGAGCUGGUACAUUGAGGACAACAUCUACAAGUUCUGUGAGAAUCCCGAGGAGGUGAACCGUGACGACCCUAAGUUUUACGAGUCAAACAUCAUGAGCACCAUCAACGGGUUCGUGCCCGACAGCAUCUCCACGCUCGGGUUCUGCUUUGAUGACACCAUCCAGUGGCACUUCUGCAGCAUGGGCACCCAGGACGACUUCCUGACCAUCCACUUCACUGGGCACUCCUUCGUCUACGGGAAGAGGCACGAGGACACCUUGACGCUCUUCCCCAUGCACGGGGAAUCGGUGACUGUCACGAUGGACAACGUGGGAACUUGGAUGUUAACUACCAUGAAUUCUAAUCCAAGGAGCAGAAACCUAAGGCUGAGAUUCAGGGAUGUUAAGUGUCUCCGGAGUGAUGAAGAUGGAUAUGAAAUAUAUGAACCUCAACCAUCUACAUCCAUGGAUACACGGAAAAUGCGAGAGUUUCCGGAAAACCAAGGUGAAGGAGAUUCUGCUGAUUAUGACUACCAGGAUCAACUGGCUUCAUUAUUAGGACUUAGGUCAUUCAGAAAUUCAUCACAGAAUCAGGAGGAAGAUGAGUUCAAUCUUACUGCCAUAGCCCUGGAGAACAGCUCUGAAUUCAUUCCUCCAAGUACUGAUUCAGCUGCUGAUUCAAAUUCUUCUUUCCCAAGCAACAUUAGCAGGCUCACGGACAAUAAAUUUGCAGAACCUAACAAAACCCUUCCUCAUUCUGAAACCACCUCAGCUGGUCCCCAGGUGGGGCCCGGCUUAGAAAAGAACUCAGCUCUCAGCCCUUCUGCAGCAGAGCAUUCCAGCUCUUAUUCCGAAGAUUCUGAGGAGGACCCUCUACAGCCAGAGAUCACAGGGACAAGCCUCCGACCUCGUGGUGCAGAAGGAUUCAGAAGGAUUCAAGGGCAGGCUCUACGUAAGAGAUUGGAGGCAAGGCACAGGUUCUCCCAGAUGAAAUUUCUAGGACAUAAAACCAGGGGACAUUUAAGCCAAGGCAACUCUUCUUCCAUCAUGGGGCCCUGGAAGGACCUUCCCAGUGAUCUGUUACUCUUAAAACACAGGACUCUGUCUACAGUUUUGAAUCAGAGAUGGCACGUGGUUUCUGAAAGAGGUAGCUAUGAAAUAGUCCCGGAGGCUGAUGGAGACAUGGCGGUGAAUAAGCUGUGGGACAGCCCCCAGAAUGCCUCCAAGACGUGGGGAGAACGCGUCCCUCUAGCCCACAGGCAUGGGAAGCAAGGUGGCCACCCAAAGUUUUCUGGCGUGCAGCAUAAAUUUCUACAGACAAGACCUGGAAGAACCAGCAGCAUGAGAAACAGCACGUUUCUCAUUCGGACACGGAAAAAGAAGCCUGUGUACCACGCUCCCCUCCCUCCACGGAACUUCCCCAGAGGAGAGGAAAACCUCACCCUUUCGGACGUCCUUCCCAAGGCCAACGAGACGUCUCUUCCCACAGACCUCGCUCAGACAUUCCCCCUUGGGAACCUCAGCCUGGCAGCCUCCCUUCCUGACCGUAAUCACAGUCUCCCUAUCAGCACCGGGCAGACACGCUUCUCGCCAGACGUGUACCAGACAGUGCCCCCGGAACAGCUCUACCAAACGUCCCCGAGUCAAGACCCUGACCAAACGCAGUUCCCUACAGGCCCCAGUCACACAGCUUCUCCAGAGCCUGGCCAGAUGCCUGACUCCGAUGGAGGAACCCCAUCCUUCCCUGCCGACACCGGACAAGUGUCCCCUUCCUCAGAACGUGAAGUCUGGCAGACAACCGUCCCUCCAGAACUUAGUCAGACGACCCUUCCCCCUGACCUUGGCCAGAUGACUCUUCCCCCUGGCCUUGGCCAGAUGACCUUUCCCCCUGACCUCGGCCAGACGACCCUUCCCCCUGACCUCGGCCAGACGACCCUUCCCCCUGACCUCGGCCAGAUGACCCUUCCCCCUGACCUCGGCCAGACGACCCUUCCCCCUGACCUCGGCCAGACGACCCUUCCCCCUGACCUCAGCCAGACGACUCUUCCCCCUGACCUCGGCCAGAUGACCCUUCCUUCUGACCUUGGAGAGACAACCUUUCUCCCUGACCUUGGCCAGAUGACCUUUCCCCCUGACCUUUACCAGAUGACCCUUUCCCCUGACCUGGGCCAGGAGACUCUCUCCCCAGACUUCAGCCAUGCAACUCCCUCUCCAGACUUCACUCAGACAAGCCUUCCUCCUGAUCUCAGGCAGACAUCACCUCCUCCAGACCUUGCUCAAACAGCCUACACUUCCGAAUCCAGUCCAUCCCCGCUUCUUCCAGAAUUUGAUGAUACUUUCCCUUAUUCAGACUUUGGUCAGAUGCCAUCUCCGCAGCCAUCUCCUCCCCUCUAUAACACCUCUAUAACAAGCGAACUGGAUCCAGAAGUUGUGUUUGGCUUCAGUGGAGAAAAUGGAGAGCUCAUUGAGAUCAUUCCGAGGAAGAAACAAGAGAGCAGUGAAGAAGACGCUCGAGAAAUGAACCUUGUGGCCUACGAUGACCCUUACCAAACGGACGUUAGGACCGACAUCACCUCCUCCAGAAACCCGGACCGCAUUGCAGCAUCGUACCUCCGGAGCAGCAACGGAAACAGGAAGUAUUACUACAUUGCUGCGGAAGAAAUAUCCUGGGAUUACGCAAAAUACGCAGAAAGUGAAAUGGAUGAUGAAGACACCAGUGAGGUUCCAAAGGACACCGUAUACAAGAAAGUAGUUUUCCGAAAGUACCUGGACGGCACUUUCACCAGACGGGACCCUCGGGGAGAGUCUGAAGAGCAUCUUGGCAUGCUUGGCCCUGUCAUUCGAGCCGAGGUGGAUGACGUUAUCCAAGUCCGUUUCAAAAAUUUAGCAUCCAGACCGUAUUCUCUUCACGCCCAUGGGCUUUUCUAUGAAAAGUCGUCGGAGGGAAAGAAUUAUGAAGACGAGUCUCCUGAGUGGUUCCAGGAAGACAAUGCCGUCCAGCCCAACAGCAGCUACACCUACGUGUGGCACGCCACCGCGAGGGCGGGGCCCGAGAACCCCGGCUCUGCCUGCCGGGCCUGGGCCUACUACUCCGCGGUGAACACGGAACGGGACAUCCACUCGGGCCUGAUCGGCCCGCUCCUGAUCUGCCGGCGAGGAACCCUGAACAAGGAGAGCGGGCUGCCCGCGGACAGGAGGGAGUUCGUCCUGCUUUUCAUGGUCUUUGACGAGAAGAAGAGCUGGUACUACGACAAGAAGCCCCAGAGCUCCUGGAGACGCGGCUCCUCAGAGGGAAGAGCCUCUCACAAGUUCCACGCCAUCAACGGGAUGAUCUACAAGCUGCCAGGCCUGCGGAUGUACGAGCAGGAGUGGGUGCGGCUGCACCUGCUGAACUUGGGCGGCUCCCAGGACAUCCACGUGGUGCACUUCCACGGCCAGACCCUGCUGGAGAACGGCACCCAGCAGCACCAGCGGGGCGUCUGGCCCCUGCUGCCCGGUUCAUUUAAAACUCUUGAAAUGAAGGCAUCCAAACCUGGCUGGUGGCUCCUAGACACGGAGGUCGGAGAGAACCAGAGAGCAGGGAUGCAAACGCCAUUUCUCAUCGUAGACAGAGAAUGUAAGAUGCCCCUGGGCCUAAGCACAGGCAUGAUAGCUGAUACGCAGAUCAAGGCGUCGGAGUUUCUGGGUUAUUGGGAGCCCAAAUUAGCAAGAUUAAACAAUGGUGGAUCAUAUAAUGCAUGGAUGACAGAAAAAAGUUCAGAAUUUGACUCUAAACCUUGGAUCCAGGUGGACAUGCAAAGGGAAGUCCUGUUCACAGGCAUCCAGUCCCAAGGCGCCAAGCACUACCUGAAGUCCUACUACACCACUGAGUUCCGUGUGGCCUACAGCUCCGACCAGACCAACUGGCAGGUCUUCAAGGGGAACAGCACCAGGAACGUGAUGUAUUUUUAUGGCAACUCAGACACCUCUUCAGUCAAAGAAAAUCGGUUUGAUCCGCCGAUUGUAGCAAGAUACCUCAGGGUCUAUCCAACCAGAUUCUACCACAGGCCUGCCCUGCGCCUGGAGCUGCAAGGCUGCGAGGUUAACGGAUGCUCCACCCCACUGGGCAUGGAAAGUGGGAAGAUAAAAAACACGCAAAUCACAGCCUCCUCCUUUAAAAAGUCCUGGUGGGGAGGUAACUGGGAACCCUUCUGUGCCCGCCUGAAUGCCCAGGGACAUGUGAAUGCCUGGCAAGCCAAGGCAAACAACAACCAACAGUGGUUACAAAUCGAUCUGCUCAAAAUGAAGAAGAUCACUGCGAUCGUUACCCAGGGCUGCAAGUCCCUGUCCUCUGAGAUGUACGUGAAGAGCUACACCAUCCACUACAGUGACCAGGGAGUGGACUGGAAACCUUACAGGCAGAAAUCCUCCAUGGUGGACAAGGUUUUUGAAGGAAAUAGUAAUGUCAAUGGGCAUGUGAAGAACUUUUUCAACCCUCCAAUCAUCUCCAGGUUUAUCCGUAUCAUCCCAAAAAUGUGGAAUCAAAGUAUUGCCCUUCGCCUGGAGCUCUUCGGCUGUGAUGUUUACUAGAAUUGAAUAUUCAAAGAGACAGGAAGGACUCUUAAACAUUUCAAGCCACUUAGAGUGGGCCAUGUAUUUUAUAGCUAUGUUAAAUUCUCUAUUAGAGAAUAAAAUUUUGUAUGUGAAAUUUUUAUAAUGUAACUCUUGGCUACCAUUAAUUGAGAUGAUAGCUGUUAUUUUUGCAUUAAUUGGAAUGUAAAUGGGAAAAUAUCAAGAACCAACAAGAAAAUGGCUUAUCUUUCACAAUGAUUAAAUAUGCUCUGUAAAGUAAUAUUCUAUUCAAGUAGUUAACAUGCUUCACCAUAGUUCUUUUAAACCCUGAACAUAUUAAUAAAAGAGAUAUUAAUUUUUAAAACCA